CCGGGGCAGGACUUCUUCCCAAAUCAGAGUAGAGGAAGCCAAAGUACAUGGGGAGCAGGUAGCAGCCGCCGUGCACAGAUUACAGGGCUUCACCACACUUAUUUGCAAUCUUAGGAAAGUUUAGUGGAGGGGGGAAAAUGAUCAAGUGUGCGCUGGGAAUGUUGUCUCUGUCGCUCCUAGUGACGUUCGCCGCCUGCAACGCGCCUCCGGUCCCGUUAGACGACAUCCUCGUAGAAAAAACCUUCGAGCCAGAGCAAUGCGUCCGCGCAGUCAAAGUCGGGGACUUCGUCAGGUACCACUACAUUGGCAUGUUUCCUGACGGGAAGAAGUUCGACUCCAGCUACGAUCGCGGCAGCACCUACAAUGUGUUUGUUGGCAAAAAGCAGCUGAUUGACGGGAUGGACAAAGCCCUGGUGGGAAUGUGUGUCAACGAGAGGAGCCUGGUCAAGAUCCCUCCUCACCUCGCCUAUGGAAAACAAGGAUACGGUGACAUCAUCCCUCCGGACGCCAUCCUCCAUUUUGAUGUUCUGCUGCUGGACGUGUGGAACCCUGACGACGGCGUCCAGAUCAACACCUACCACACUCCUCCUACCUGCUCCAGAAAGGUGGAGGUUUCUGACUUUGUGCGCUACCACUACAACGGCACCCUGCUGGACGGGACGCUCUUUGACUCCAGCCACACUCGCAUGCGUACCUAUGACACGUACGUUGGGAUCGGGUGGCUCAUUGCCGGCAUGGACCAGGGACUUCUGGGAAUGUGCAUUGGCGAGCGGCGCAUCAUCACGAUGCCGCCGUCACUCGGCUACGGAGAGAACGGAGACGGUAGCGACAUCCCGGGUCAGGCGUCUCUGGUAUUUGACGUCGUCCUGUUGGACCUUCAUAACCCCAGAGACGGAGUCGCGGUCACUAAUCAAAUCGUUCCCGAGUCGUGCGUGAGGAAGACGGAGGUGGGGGACUUUGUGCGCUACCACUACAACGGCAGCCUCCUGGAUGGGACAUUUUUUGAUUCCAGUUAUUCUCGUAAUCGCACCUACGACACGUAUGUGGGUCGAGGGUUCGUCAUCGCCGGCAUGGACGAGGGUCUCAUUGGCAUUUGCAUCGGGGAGAGACGAACCAUCACCAUUCCACCACACCUCGCCUAUGGAGAGGAGGGCACAGGCUCCAAGAUCCCCGGUUCAGCGGUGCUCGUAUUUGACGUUCACAUGAUCGACUUUCACAACCCAUCAGAUAACACCGAGGUGACGGUCACCUACAAGCCGGAAGAAUGUGAUAAGCACACAAAGAAGGGCGACUUCAUCAAAUACCACUACAACGGCACCCUGCUGGAUGGGACGCCCAUCGACUCCACGCACAGUUAUGGAAAGACAUACAACAUUGUCCUGGGGGCAAACCAGGUGGUGCCGGGCAUGGAGGAUGGGCUGAUGGACAUGUGUGUGGGAGAGAAACGACGUCUUCUCAUCCCCCCUCACCUCGCCUAUGGAGAGAGGGGAGUCACUGACCAGGUUCCAGGGAGUGCAGUGUUGCUGUUUGAUGUCGAGUUGUUUGAGAUAGAGGACGGACUUCCUGAGGGCUACAUGUUUAUCUGGAAUGACGAAGUUCCUCCAGGCCUCUUUGCUGAGAUGGACAAGGACAAAAAUGGAGAAGUGGAGCCCUCUGAGUUCACCGACUACAUCAUGCAGCAGGUGAACGACGGCAAAGGCCGCCUGGCCCCUGGCUUCGAUCCUUAUCGCAUUAUAGACAACAUGUUCUCCAACCAAGACCGCAACGGAGAUGGAAAGAUAACGGAAGAAGAGUUCAAGCUCAAGGCAGAUGAAGCGGCCCAUGAUGAGCUAUGAUGGGACUGAAUGGAGAGUAGAUCCAGGCAUUGGGGGAUGGGUGUGGAGGUCGGGAGGUGACGGGAACUUUAACGUUUGUGGGGUGUGAGGUAGAGUGGAAUAAAAGUGCAUUGGGUAGAAACUCUGUCUUCAGAGAUUUAGAUUUUUUUUUUUAAUUUUUAUUUGAGGACUGAAAUUAUGAUGUCCAACAAGAAUAAUCACCAAAAUGAGAAUGAAGAACAAGAGGAUUUGGCUAUAGGGAAGAUUAAGAACAAAAGCAUGUUGAAAAGUUUGACUUGAGGGCUCCUUUUUUAUUUUCGUACUUCAUUUGUGCUGAAAAUAGAACAGUUCUAUGUAGGAGAGCAUCCUCAUACUUUAAUUCUCUCUGAACAUUCAUCACUCCUUCAACUUUCAGACUUUGUUUUCAGUUGAGUGAAUUUUUUUUAUUCUCCGUAACCUCAUUUUAUGCUUGUUCCAGAAGCAAUGGGUUGGCCAAGAUCUGUCUAUAAUAUGACAAAAUGUGUUUUGUUUUGUGGUUUACAGCUAAAAUUUCCCCAAAAUGUGUGUUUUCUGCUGUUGAAAAUCCUCCACGUGACACUGGAAGAUCUGAUGUCCUUACAUGUUGUUAUGGGUUUGUCUGUUGUGGCCAAUAGUUGCUUCUGUUUUUCACUAAAUGUCAUUUUGAGUAGGUUUUAUUUUGUAAAAGCGUGCCUGCGCGUGCAAGUGUGUGAGAGAGAGCGCGAGAGUGAGGGUGUGUGAAAUGUGUGAGGGUUGUGUGUGUUUGAUCCAGGAGACGAAUUUGCCAACUGUGUCAGCUCUGUUCAAUAAAUGGUCUGACUUUAACAACUA